CGCAAGACAUCAGGAUUCCAUACAGAACACGCGAAGACACUUUUGACCUUACAGAUUUGAAGUCCCUUGAACCCCUAAAGCAGUUCAAAGAGUGGUUUGAGGAUGCCGUAAAAUCCGGGCUUGUGUACGAGGCCAAUGCGAUGGCGCUGGCCACAUGUACAAGAUCUGGAAUUCCAAGUGUACGUUAUGUACUGCUGAAAGAACUAGACGAACGUGGGUUUUCAUUUUUCACAAACUAUGAGAGCCGCAAAGCGAUUGAACUGGAGUCCAAUCCGAACGCUAGCCUCUUGUUUUACUGGGAACCCCUUCAUCGUCAGGUACGUGUUGAGGGAACGGUAACGCGACUGCCAGAAGAGGAGAGCGCUGAGUAUUUUUCGAAACGACCCAGACAAAGCCAGCUUGCUGCCAUGGCUAGUCCCCAAAGUCACGUUAUCCCGAGCCGGCAGAGUUUUGUGGACAGCGUGAAGGAGUUGGAAAAUCUCUACCCUGAAGGGGAGACUGUACCCAAACCGAAAAAUUGGGGUGGCUACGUGCUGUAUCCGCAUACGAUCGAAUUCUGGCAAGGACAAAGCACCAGAAUGCAUGAUCGAAUUCGCUUUCGGCGAAUCACCCCUGAGGAACAGGCGUCUAUCGAUCCAAAAAUCACGCAUCUUGGUGAAGACGGAUGGGUCUACGAACGCCUUGCUCCGUAGUGUUGCUCGGGACGCGCGCUCCGUCACUUCUCUGUGAUUUAUCCAUUUGUUCUGUACUUUUAUUCCCAAGCGAAUCUUUU